CUCCCAUGCUGCAGCGCCGUGCCCAGGCACCUGGAUGGAGGUGGCAGAAGAUGAACCCCCCACUCUCAGCAGACAUGCCCCCCCAGCUCUCCUUAUAACUGCUGUCAUGUCUCUGCAGCCUGACCCACUGCUCUGCCUUAUGGGGGCUAGCCUGAAGGACACCCUGUAGACCCCCCCAGCACCCAUCCCUGCUGCCCCUUGGACCUUGUGCUGCUCCCAUCUCAGUGCUCCUUCCCUUCCUGCAGACCACUAGGAAUAGCAGAACCUGUGCUGGGCACUAAUGGGCAAUCUAUCAUCUCUCCAAUAAUGGAGAACCUCAGGAUGUGUAAAGAUCCUGCACCAUACCAGGGAAACCCGGCCGUGCAAGGGAUGCUCGCCCCAAUGAAGAAGAGGCCGGAAGAAGAGAUGCAGUGCCUGGAGAUGACGACCAAGCGGAAGAUCAUCGGCCGGCUCGUACCAUGCAGAUGUUUUCGGGGGGAGGAGGAGAUAAUAUCGGUGUUGGAUUACUCCCACUGCAGCCUGCAGCAGGUGCCAAAAGAGGUCUUCAGUUUAGAAAGGACAUUGGAGGAGCUCUAUCUGGAUGCUAAUCAAAUAGAAGAAUUACCCAAGCAACUGUUCGGUUGUCAGGCUCUGAAGAAGCUGAGCAUACCCGAUAACGAUCUCUCCAAUCUGCCGGCCACCAUCUCCAGCUUAGUCAAUCUGAAGGAGUUGGAUAUCAGCAAGAACGGUAUACAAGAAUUCCCCGACAAUAUAAAAUGCUGUAAAUGUUUAACGAUAGUUGAAGCCAGUGUCAAUCCCAUAUCAAAGCUACCGGAUGGCUUUACUCAGCUCCUUAAUUUAACUCAGCUGUACCUUAAUGAUGCCUUUCUUGAGUAUCUUCCUGCUAAUUUUGGAAGGCUCAGUAAAUUGCGGAUAUUGGAAUUAAGAGAAAAUCAUUUGAAAACGUUACCAAAGUCAAUGAACAAGCUAACCCAGCUGGAGAGACUUGACCUGGGCAAUAACGAAUUCAGUGAGCUGCCGGAGGGUCUGGAGCAGAUACAGCAUCUGAAGGAGCUGUGGAUGGACAAUAACUCACUCCAGAAGCUGCCUGGGUCUAUAGGAAAAUUGAAACACCUCAUCUACCUGGACAUGUCCAAGAAUCGGAUCGAGGCUAUAGAAAUGGAAGUGUCUGGAUGUGAGUGCCUCGAAGACCUAUUACUGUCCUCCAAUCUCUUGCAGCACUUGCCUGACUCCUUAGGUCUCCUGAAAAAACUUACAACUUUGAAAAUAGAUGACAAUCAACUUGUAGCACUACCAAAUACGAUUGGAAAUUUAUCUUUGUUAGAAGAGUUUGAUUGCAGUUGUAAUGAGCUGGAGAGCCUGCCUCCCACCAUCGGGUACCUGCACAGUCUCCGCACAAUGGCCGUGGAUGAGAACUUUCUCACUGAGUUGCCGCGGGAGAUUGGAAACUGCAAAAAUGUCACCGUGAUGUCACUGCGAUCAAACAAGCUGGAAUUUCUACCUGAAGAGAUCGGCCAGAUGACAAAGCUGAGAGUAUUAAACUUAAGUGACAACAGGUUAAAAAAUCUGCCGUUCAGCUUUACGAAACUUAAAGAGCUUGCUGCUCUGUGGCUUUCUGACAAUCAGUCCAAAGCGCUCAUCCCGCUACAGACGGAGGCUCACCCCGACACAAAGCAGAGGGUAUUAACCAACUACAUGUUCCCCCAGCAGCCGCGUGGUGACGAGGAUUUCCAGUCGGAUAGUGAUAGCUUUAACCCCGCGCUCUGGGAGGAGCAGCGCCAGCAAAGGAUGACGGUGGCGUUCGAGUUUGAGGACAAGAAGGAGGAGGAAGAGGGCCCAGGAAAAGUCAAGGUUGAGAUCAAUUUGAAGAGAUACCCGACGCCAUAUCCAGAAGAUCUGAAGAACAUGGUGAAGUCAGUCCAGAACAUGGUGGGGAAAAGUCAUAGCUCCUCUCUGGAGAACUCUAUUCCAACUCCUACACCAAGCGCUGAGCAAAACCUCAAGGAAAAAUAUGAACAUAAGUGGCCGAUGCCCACCAAGGAGAUGAAAUCUGAGGUGUCAAAUCGGGAACACAAAGAGUUCCAGAAGAGCCAAAUGUCAGAAUCGAGUAAUAUCCGCAGUUAUUCUUUGGACGUUCCUAAGAGGAAGGAAAAAGAGGAGCAUUCAGAAAGAACUGAGGAGCCUUUUGGACAUCGCCCACCAGAAAUGCGGAUGGCUGAACUCCGUCCCUCAUUAAUCGAGACUCCGUUGUACCCUCCCAAACUGGUUCUUCUUGGAAAAGAUAAAAAAGAGUCUACAGACGACUCAGAGAUGGAUAAACACCAUCACAACAGCGUGUCUUCGGGGACCUAUUCCGACUACUCCCCUUCACAGGCGUCAUCAGGAUCUUCUAACGCACGCAUCAAAGUGCAGAUAUCUGCUAAAGAGGCAGUAAAUAGCUCAUUGUGGGGUAACAGGCUAACUCAGUCCUUCCCGCAGCAGAUUGAAUCUAAGCCAUUAUUAAGCCAGCGGGAGACGGCGCCCAUGGGCAAUCUACAGCAACGCAAUGACCGGCAGAACCUAAAUGACUCGUUCACCGAAAACUGGAACAACAGUUCGCAUUACGAUAACACCGGAUUUGUAGCUGAGGAAAACACGGUGGACAGUUCGGGAGGCAAUCCGAUGCUGAAUUCAAAAUCGAGGAGUACGUCCGCUCACGGGAGGCGGCCGUUAAUCAGGCAAGAUCGGAUUAUUGGCAUUCCUUUGGAGCUGGAGCAGUCGACGCAAAGGAACCCUCAAGAACCUGAUGUAUCUCCGAGUAACCCUUGGCAAAAUUGGACCCGGACUCCCAGUCCUUUUGAAGACAGAACAGCUUUUCCAUCUAAACUUGAAGCCACCCCUGUAAACAGCCCAUUGCCAGAAAGGAAAGAGCAUAAGCCACAGUCCUUAGAGAACCCAAGCACAUUCUCUUCAACUCCACCAUGGGAAUUUCAUGAUACGGGCCCCAAUCGGAACAUUGGGAAUGUAUUUUCGCAUGGCCACUGUCGUCCCGAAUCCGCCAAAAAUACCAUCUCGGUGAGCAAGAGUACAGAAAGGCUCUCGCCUUUAAUGAAAGACUUGAAGACAGGCAGGUUUAAGAAGUCUCAGAGUAUAGAUGAAAUCGACAUUGGUGCAUUCAAAGUCUACAAUAUACCUUUGCAAAACUAUGAUCCAAGAAAUAUCAUGCAAGGAAGCCAUGACAGACCAGAUUUGGGGAUGAUGCAGGAGCACAGUAUGUCUAGAAGUCAAUCGGUACCAAUGCUUGAUGAUGAAUUAUUAUGUUACGGAACCAGCAGAGGACAGCCACAGAAACCUGUUGCAAAAAAAGUGUAUCAGUUUGACCAAAGUUUUAACCCGCAGGGUGCAGUUGAGGUGAAACCGGAAAAGAGAGUUCCUCCUCCUUUCUCAUAUAAUCCUGACUACUCACUGCAGCAAACAAAAUCCAUGGCAAAAGAUUUAAUCAGCCCGAGAGCCUAUAGGGGAUACCCACCAAUGGAACAGAUGUUCUCCUUUUCUCAACCCUCAGUCAAUGAAAAUACCAUUCCACCUCAGUUUACAAAUCAAAGUUCAAGGCCAGGGUUUUUGAAAAGAGCAGAUUCAUUGGCAAGUGCCACCGAGAUGUCUAUGUAUAGGAGAGUGAGUGAACCUCAUGAAAUUCCACAGACGGACCGGUACGGUAGGGCACCCUUCCUCGGGGCUAUUGAACGGCAAAGCAGCAUGUCAGUGGCUGAAUCCCAGUUCCUAAAAAGGAACGGUCGGUACGAUGAUGACCAUACUUCCUAUCCAGACAUGAAACCUCAAGCAGGCAGUUAUCAAGUGAAAACCUUGACGCAGCGGAGGCCAUUGUCUGCCAGAAGUUACAGCACAGAGACUUAUGGAACUGCUCAAACGCGACCUGUUUCUGCAAGGCCAACAAUGGCAGCGCUUCUAGAAAAGAUACCAUCUGAUUACAAUUUGGUGAACUAUGGUGAAAAGUCAGCAGACAGUGAAAUCAAGGCACGGCAGAACCAGGCGAAGUUAGACGAGAGCAUUAACAAAAUGCCACCGGACUGGAGACAACAGCUGCUUAGACACAUAGAAGCUAGAAGAUUGGACAGGACUCCGUCUCAGCAGAGUAACAUUCUGGAUAACGGGCAAGAGGAUUUGUCUCUCAACCAAUGGAAUCCUUACCCGCUGGGCCGACGUGACGUUCCUCCUGAAACUGUCGCCAAGAAGGCAGGUAGCCAUAUCCAGACCCUGAUGGGAUCGCAGAGCUUGCAGCACAGAUCCAGGGAGCAGCCGCACUAUGACGGCGGGAUGAACAAAGUGACAAUCCAGCAGUACCAGUCCCCGCUGCCUAUCCAGAUCCCAGCUGCGCAGAGAGGGCCCCAGUCUGGACGCUGCUUAAUCCAAACGAAAGGGCAGAGGAGCAUGGACGGAUAUCCGGAGCAGUACUGUGUAAGGAUAGAGAAGAAUCCCGGCCUUGGAUUCAGUAUCAGCGGUGGACUCAGCGGUCAGGGGAACCCAUUCAAACCUUCUGAUAAGGGUAUCUUUGUUACUAGGGUUCAGCCUGAUGGACCAGCGUAUGGGGUACUCCGGCCUGGGGACAAGAUCCUACAGGCCAACGGACACAGUUUUGUAAAUAUGGAGCACGAAAAGGCCGUCGCGCUCUUGAAGAGUUUUCAGACAACGGUAGACCUUGUAAUUCAACCGGAUCUCCUAGUUUUGACAGCGUGAAAGCACACAAGACGCUCUACUGGUACCCGAAAAUCACCACCAAGCACUGCCUCAACGUUGUAUAUGCCUUUUAUAUAGAACAUAAAAAACAAAAACAACUUAGAAGGAAUCGCAAGUCAUAUUUUGACUUCUAUA